CUAAAAAUAUAUAUUUUUAUUUUUACCAAAAAAAAAAGAAAAUAUGCGAGUGACGUCACGCCGUGGUCCGUUGGAAGGCGUGUUGGCGGAUAUUUUUGAAAAGGACGGAGGAAGGAGAGCCGCACCGAAAACUGGAUAGUGUUACUAAAAUAAGAGUCAACAAUGAGUCGAAGACCUAGCCGAAGAUUUUCAGAGAUGCCUUUGCGUGUAACAGAUGGCAGAAUGAGUAUGGUGAAUGCGACGCCACAGAACAAAGACAACGUAUUUGGAAAGCUGAACAUCCCAAAACCUCAGUCUGGUACAUCAGAAAGGAGAACCAGCUUUUUUGGAAAAGGUGCUGGUGGUGGGGGCCAGAGGAACAGCUUGUUUGGCUCAUAUGGAGGCACAGAAAAGAUUAAGGAUCCAAGACCACUUCAUGACAAAACAUUUGUCCAACAGUGUAUCAAACAGCUUUGUGAGUUCCUAGGAGAUAAUGGAUUCCCUGGUACCAUCACAGUAAAAGCUCUCCAGUCACCUUCUACAAAAGAGUUCCUGAAGAUAUUUGAGUUCAUCUACAGUUUGCUGGACCCAACCUUUCAGUUGCCUACUACCAAGAUUGAAGAGGAGAUUCCAAGAAUGUUCAAAGACUUAGGGUACCCAUUUGCAUUGUCAAAAAGCUCCAUGUACUCGAUUGGGGCUCCACAUACCUGGCCUCAGGCUCUAGGUGCACUCAUUUGGCUCAUUGAUGCAGUUAAAAUCUUCAACAGUAUAAAAGGUCAGAAUCUGCUGUUUGCAGACUUCUCAGAUGGAACCACCGAGCUAGAGGAGGGAGUUGAGUAUAAUAAGCUGUUCUUAGACUACUGCUCUAAGACCUACAACAAGUUCAUGCAGGGAGCAGAUACCUUUGAAGAUGAGGAUUUGGAGUAUCUCAGUCAUCUGAAGAGGUUGUACAAUGUGGAUGAAGCCCUACUAGAGUCCCAGCAUGAAAAAUACAGGAUUUUGAUGGAAGAGGUUGAGAGACUGGAGAAAGAGAGCCAUACUGACAGGCUAAUGGCACAGAGGACUGAUAAGCUGAGGUUGCAGACUGAUCUGCAGAAAUUACAAAGCUACCGUACACACAUGGAGGCAUUUAAAAGUCACCUGGAGAAUAAGGUUGCUGGGCUGACUGAAGAGAUGGAGGCUGCUGACCUUCAGCUAGAGAGUCUGAAGCAGGAGAAGGGCAGACUGCAGCAUAUUCUAGAGAAUCAGAAGUUCACCCCAGCCGAUAUUGAACGGAUCAACAGGGAGCGGAAUGAACUACAGCAGACCGUCAGCAGCCUGAGCCGUAGUCUAGAAGAAGCCCAGCAGCUGGCAUGGAAUGAAGAAAUCACCCUGGUUAAAACCAAGGAGAGAGCAGAGGUCAAGUUGGCAGAGUACCACAAACUGGCACGAAUGCUUAAGCUCAUCCCUCAGUCUGCAGAGAAUGCCUGUGGCCAUGACUUUGAGAUCAAAACAGUCAGUGACUAUGGUCCCACCACUGCUACUCUGAUCCGAACACAGAUACAGAAUCCUCUCAAAAACAUGCUUGUGGAUGUAGAAGAGGAGUUCAGCAGAAUGACCAAUAUGAAACUUAGCCUGGAGGAGACAGUGGAGCAGGUGAAUUCCAACAUUUCUGAGAAGAUGAAUGACAUAAAGCAGAUAAAGGAGCAGAUUCGUAGACUGGAUCAACAACUGGAGAAUGACAUGCAGGAGCUCGCUCAGGAAGAGGAAAAGUGGGCAGCAGAUGUAGACGGCGCUGAAAGAAACAAAAAGCUUCUGGAAAAGAAGGUUAUGGAUGGCUAUGAAGAGGCUGAAGAGCAUCUUAAAGCAGCCCAACAACAAUACCACCUUGUGCUUCAGGAGACCAAAGAGGAGAGCCGGUUGGUAGCAAACAAUUUGACUCAUGUCUUCACCGCUGCAGUUAACCACUUGGGUAUAGUUGAGAAACAAUGUAAUGACCAACUUAAAAGGAUGGACAAGGUUAAUGAAAUUAUCCGUGAAGACCAAGCAGACCUGCAACAGCUGAAGGAGAUGAUAGAAAACUUUGUAUCUAGAGCAAACAGCCUUGAAUGACUGAAGGGGAAACCAGUUUGUAAAUAGUUUUGCACUCUUAUUACUAAUGUUAAGACUUUUCUUCUUUCUACUCUUUACUCUUUGUACACUGUUUAUUAAAAUGUGUUCUGUUUUAUAUGUUGCUGUUGUAAUAAACCUAUUUUAAGAUUUUCUUUUAUUAAA